AUGCUACAAAAAGCUUGUCGAUCUACGAUACUGUCACAUAGAGGCAGAUUGAAAUAUAGUCUUAUUAACAUACUGAGAUCCGUUGUAUCCAAAGCUAUACAAAAACAGAACCAAAAUCAAUCGAUCUCAGUACCUAAUGAGACUGCAAAGAAUACGAAUGAUGCCGAAUUAAAGCAUCUAUAUAAGCAGAAUUUAGAGGAUUAUUUCAAGAAUAGAGAAUUUCAUUUUAAAGGAGAAAGUCAAAAGAAUGAGUUACGGAAAUGGAUGGAAAGCGUAUAUUUAAGAAAGAAAAUACUAAUUGCCAUUGAUAUAGAGGCAUGGGAAAGGAAUAUAAAUAAAGUCACAGAAAUUGGGAUAGCUGUUUACAAUCCAAAUGGACAGUUUUAUUCGCUUUUGCCAACAGUUCAGCAAUUUCAUAUUCUUAUCAGAGAACACGAGAAGAUGUACAAUGGUAGAUAUUGUCCUAACAAUAAAAGCAACUUUAUGGGAGGCGUAUCAUAUACACUAGAUCUAGCAGAAAGCAAGAAGUUUGUUGAGUCUGUAAUCAAUAAAUAUUCCUGUGAGAGUGAAGAAGGAAUCGUAUUAGUAGGCCAUCAUAUUGAAGGUGAUUUGAAAUGGCUACGAAGUAUAGGGAUCGAACUCCCUCAUAACGUGCCUAUAGUUGAUACCGCAAGGAUUCAUAGGCUAUCUUACGAAUCAGGUGGCUCUUUAAGAGGAAUAUUAAGGAAUGUGGGAAUCCCCCAUGGUUAUCUUCAUAAUGCGGCAAAUGAUGCAUACUACACCCUAUUGGCAUCACUUGCGUAUUGUGAUCCCAAUACACGAAUAAAGAACAACUUAGACGAGUUCCAUCCUCACGUUAUUGACCCAUCCAAGCCUUCGAACAAAGCUAGAAAGAGAAAGGAAAGAAUGUUUGACACUUCUAUCAAUGUUCAGCACUCCAAUGCCCUGGGAUUAUAUGAAGAAUUAUUUCCAGAUAAUAAUUAA